CCGAUUCUUCCCAGGUUCGACUCCAGCUGUUGCGCAUUCUUGUUUGCUACACGUCGCCACUGGCGUAGACCGGCCAGCGUGUGCGUGUCUGUGUUUGUGUGUGAGGGGAGGGCGCAUUAAGUCUCCCCUGGAGAACCCAAUUUGCCGUAGAACUUCUCGGUCCAGCUGUGGAAUGUGCUUGUGUGUCCUUAAUAUUUGGUCUAGGAGAGAUGCAAAGUGACAGCAGAAGGACAACUUGGAUUUAAAACAGUUUGGGAAUCCUCUCGUCAUGACUGAGCUUCUCAGCCCCGUUUCCAACAUGAACCAGGAGAAACGGUUGCAGCCAGAGUCAGACCAGAUGAGCCCGGACGAGCCACAGUCUUCUCUGGACCUGGUGAACACAGGGAAAAGCCUGAAGGUCCAGACAGCCUCGCCACAUCUGGUCAGCCUGGGAAGUGGGAGGCUCAGUGUGGCGGUAACCCUACUGCCCCUUAAAGAAGGAGUGACCCGUAUCGGGCGUGAGGAUGCGCUGGUACCCCAGGAUAUCGCCAUCGAGGGUGCGGGCAUUGAGGCGGAACACUGUAUCAUCACCAACAGGUCAGGGGUCGUCAUCCUUGACCCCUGUGGGAACCCCUGCUCCCUGGACGGAGUGCCUGUGACCUCACCUGUCCCCCUCACUCAAGGUUACUCUCUGUGUCUGGGUAAGUCCUACUUCUUCCGCUUCAACCACCCAGAAGAGGCCAGUCGUAUGAAGGGCAUGCUCCCUCAGAAGAACCCCGUCUCCCCCCUGACCUACAGCACAGACUAUCUGAAGUUCAGCAGCGACUGCAGUCAUGGCGUCGUGGGAGGGGCAGGCAGCGCCAGAGGGAUGCGCUCUGCCUCGGAACUCCGGGAUUUGAUGGACACCUUGCAGCGCAAGAAAAUCGCCCUGGAGACCAGCCUGAGAGCCAAUGGGGACGCUAGCCCCUCCUACUUCAGCAUGACCCAGUCUCCGCCCACCACUCCUGUGACCUCACCCACGUCAAUGUCAUCAGCCUAUCAGGAGCAGGCAAGGCGUUUCUACGGUUCUGAUCGUCCUCCCCUCUCCUGCAAAACAGCCACCCCUCCCUCCCCCUCUCGACGCUCCGAUACCCCUUCCUCCAGAUCCUCCAAGGCUCGGAACCAUUCCUACCAAUCACAGGACAGCCUGCUGAUUUCACCUGGCGAAGUGCGACGACGCCCAAACUCCCCCCUGUUGUCGACGUGGAAUGGUGGAGGUUCCUCUAACUCCGUGGCGGGUGGAGAGUGCCUGUCCUCUCCUCCCCCACCCACUUCCCUCUCUCCAACCAGUGGAGCGGCCAGCAUGCCCUCCAGCCCUCGCCUGGGACGCCGUAGCCACGAGCCAGUGCCUAGCAACCGAACCAGGAAGUACUCUGCAGGGUCUCUAGGCGGCAUGAUGGGUAGUCACAGCCGCUCUCUGCCCCGCCUUUGUCCGUCUCCUCGUUCCCAUGACAACGGAGCCCUGGCGCUCUCUACCCUGCCUCUGCAGCCCUCUGAACGCCCCCACAACCAUCACCCCGACCACAUCACAGCCUACAACCGCAUCACAGGCUACAGCCACAGUCAAACCAAGGACUUUGGAUACAACCGGGCCCAGAAUAUGAAUCACACCCAGAACCAAGGUGAAGGGGUGGUAUCCAUCUCCCUCUCCUCCCCCAAGGCUCCGAUCCAGGCCCCUCCGGAUGUGACAGUUCCGUCCCGUUCAGGGGGCUCCACCAGCCCCCGCAUAGCCAAGAAACUCAGCCUCACGUCCGCCGGCUCCACCUCCAGCCUCCAGGAGCCAGAAAGGCCGGCCAGCCGUGGAGUCUCCCCAGGAUACGACUUCUCAGUGGGGGAGAUAGAAUGCAGGGGGGGCAGCCUGGAGCCUGGGCUUGGUUUAGGGGAGAGGAGACAGUCUUUUGGAAAGGGAGGAGUUGAGCCAGGUUUGGGGCUUGGUUUAGGAGAGAGGAGACAGUCUUUUGGAAAGGGAGGAGUUGAGCCAGGUUUGGGGUUUGGUUUAGGGGAGAGGAGACAGUCCUUUGGAAAGGGAGGAGUUGAUCCAGGUUUGGGGCUGGGGUUAGGGGAGAGGAGACAGUCUUUUGGAAAGGGAGGGGUAGGGUUGGCUGCAGGGGCAACCCCACCUGGAGGAUUCAGGGCGAGGAGUGGCAGUAUCAGCUCUCUGAGCGGGAAAGAAGAACUGACAGACUACCACCAUCGCCAGAGAGAUGAGAGACUACGAGAGCAGGAGGUGGAAAGACUGGAACGCCAGCGGCUGGAGACCAUCCUGUCUCUCUGUUCGGAGCUGGGCCGUUCGGAGCAGGACAGGCAGACGGGCGUUGUGUCGAGUCCUGGUGCUGGUUUAGCCGACCUCCAGAAAAUCAACCGGGAACUAGAAAAACUCCAGGUCUCCGACGACGACAACGAAUGGGUGGAAUCUGUCUUCUCCAACGUGGGCACAGGUGCCCGCUCUGAGAACGGUUACCAUGGUAAUGACGAGGAGCUUCAGGUCCGGCAGCGACGGAGCAGCGGUCGUCGUGACAACAGGGCAGAGUCACCAACCGUCAGCUUGCAGAGCCCCACCCCCUCGCCCACCCCGCGUCUUCCCAGGACCAAACGGGCGCCGGCUGAGGAGGCCCAGCGGAGGAAGGAGGUCGUCCGUCUGGAGGAGGAGAGGAUCCAGGUGUUGAACAACAUGGAGGAGCUGGAGCAGAAGAUCAAAGACCUGGACAACCAGAUGGAGGAGUCCAUCAGAGAGGUGGAGAUGGAGCGUGCCUUGGUGGAGGCGGAGCAGGAGGCGGAGCUUGCGGCCCUGCAACAGGAUCGGAACACUCUGCAGGCACUCAACGCCAAGAUGGCUGACAUGGAACAACAGGCACAGAACCAGAAGACACAGGCGUGUGUGUCGCUGCAGGCUGAGAGAGCUAGGGUAGAGCAGCUGUCUCAGAGUGUGUGUGAGCAGCGCUCGCGGCUCGACUCUUGCCCUGAGGCCAUGAAGGAGCCCCUACAGGAACAGCUCGCCAGGGACUCUGAGGUGCUGGAGGCCGAGACGAAGCGGUUCGAGGACCUGGAGUUUCAGCAGCUGGAGAAAGAAAGCCGACAGGAUGAGGAGAAGGAGACAAAAGCACAACAUCUCCUCAAAGAGAUCGCAGACCGCCAACGCAGCACAGUCACACGCAAGGAGAGGCUGGAGACCCUGAAGAAGCAGACAGACCAGAUUAAUCAGCAGGCUCAGAGGGAGAAGGACAGCUUCCUAAAGGAGAGGACCAACCUGCACAUGAUGCUGCAGAGGGAAAAAGAUAACCUUGGCACUCUAGAGAGGAGGUAUGCUGAGCUCACAGGUGGGCGGGGCUUCCCUGUCAGCCCCAUCAGCCUGAAGGAGGGCUAUGUCACAGUCAGUGAGAUCAAUGAGCUUUACUCCCAGCUGGGGGGGGGGCCUAGUCCCGCCCCCGCCACUGUUCUGGCCAAUCCCUCCCCUGAUCCUGAGCCUAGCCCCACCCCCGAUGACAGCAUAUCAAAACCAGCAGAGGACGAGCACUUCAGGUGUCUGGAGGAGAGGAAGCGAUUAGUGAAAGAAGGCGGGUCCCACUUGAGUGACACGUUACCCAGGAAGAAGACCAUGCCCACCAUCACCCCUCAGUUCAGCUGUGCUACGCUGGGACGCAGUAUGCCUAACAAGUCCCAUCAGCCCCUGGUGCAGAGUUCUAGCUGUGGCAGUAUUCUACCUCGGGGCCUGUCUGUCUCGUCCAAUAGGGACACAGAUACACGCCUCCAGCACAAAGGUCCUGGUCAGUCCGGCUCUCGGGCCGCCUCCCAGUCUAACGUGUACCUGGACACUUACGGUUACCGGGACAACAGCCAGACCUUUGACACCAUGAGUGUGGACAGCUCCGACUCCAUGGAUACCAGCAUUUCAGCUUGCUCCCCUGACAACGUCUCCUGCGCCAGCACGUCCAAUGUCACCAAACUGGAGGAGAUGGAGCGCCUGUUGAGACAGGCCCAUGCGGAGAAGAACCGGCUCAUAGAACACAAGGACCAAGAGAUGGAGUCCCGCAAACAGGCUCUGGAGGAGGAGAGGAAAAGGAGAGAGGAACUUGAGAAACGACUGCAGGAGGAGACCAACAGACGACAGAAACUUAUUGAGAGGGAGGUGAAACUACGGGAGAAACAGAGGGCACAGUCUCGCCCCCUGACGCGGUACCUGCCAGUGCGUAAGGAUGACUUUGACCUGAGGGCCCAUAUUGAAUCGGCGGGUCACAGCGCCGACACCUGUUUCCACCUGUCCCUCACGGAGAAGACCUGCAGGGGAUUUCUGGUCAAGAUGGGGGGAAAGAUCAAGACCUGGAAGAAACGCUGGUUCGUCUUUGACCGCAACCGCCGAACGCUGUCCUACUUCUCGGACAAGCACGAGGCCAAGCUGAAAGGGGUUAUCUACUUCCAGGCCAUAGAAGAAGUUUACUACGACCACUUAAAGAAUGCACACAAGAGCCCUAACCCGUGCCUGACGUUCAGCGUGAAGACUCACGACCGGGUUUACUACAUGGUGGCCCCGUCUCCUGAGGCCAUGCGCAUCUGGAUGGACGUCAUCGUGACCGGGGCAGAGGGAUACACCCAGUUCAUGGUGUGAGAGGUGGAAGGACACGUGCAGUUUGUGCUGUGAAGAGUAGUGCUUCGGAGUGGAGGGAUACCGCCGGUCUGCGAUCCAGGCGCCGGGACUAGUUCCCUCUUUCUUUGUGAUAUAUCUCUGUGACUCUGUAUUUCCAUAUAUAUAUAU